GUUCUUUUCCACAUGACGGAAGAUCUGGACUCGCGCUGCUUAGGAAUCGCCGGAAGAAGCCCAGCGACACAAACCGCACGUCAUCCCGACGACCCCGCCAAGUGGGGGGUAAUUUUACACACCAGCGAGUACAGUUGGCCAUCGAGCAGUAGCUACCUGGGUAGUAGCAGCUCUUCCAUCGGCCUCCAGCUCUCGUAUCGGUCAAUACCACAGCGGCCGGAAUUACCCCUCGUCCCUCCACCUCGCUCUUCUCCUCUUUUCCUCGCUCGCUCCCGCUCUUCCCUUCCAUCUCCCCAUCUCUCGCAUCAAUCGACUCGUUUCUAUCCAAAUCAACCCAAAUAUCCCCCCAUAAAACCCGUCAAAAUGGUUAAGGCUGUUGCUGUCCUCCGUGGUGACUCCAAGGUCUCCGGCACCGUCACCUUCGAGCAGACCGAUGCCAACGUCCCCACCACCGUCUCGUGGAACAUCACCGGCAACGACGCCAACGCCGAGCGUGGCUUCCACGUUCACCAGUUCGGUGACAACACCAACGGCUGCACCUCUGCUGGCCCUCACUUCAACCCCUUCAGCAAGACCCACGGUGCUCCCGAUGACGCCGACCGUCACGUCGGUGACCUUGGCAACUUCAAGACCGAUGCUGAGGGCAACGCCGUCGGCUCCAAGCAGGACAAGCUGGUUAAGCUGAUUGGCGCCGAGAGCGUUCUUGGCCGCACCCUGGUCGUUCACUCCGGCACUGACGACCUUGGCCGUGGUGGCAACGAGGAGUCCAAGAAGACCGGCAACGCUGGUACCCGCCCUGCUUGCGGUGUCAUCGGCAUUGCUGCGUAAAUUAUUAUCUCGUAAUAUUGCAAUCUAGGACGUGGAAGUACCAGGUCAAAAUGAAGCGACCAGAUUGAUUGAUUGAUUGAUUGAGAGGAAGCAUGACUGUUGACGUUGCGUUCCUGGAGGACCAACACGAUGCGGGAUGUUUUGACGCUGGGAAAAGCAGAACUAGAGAAUGUAUGGGACUGACGAAUUCACUUGACGUUGUAAUGUUUGAUGGUGUCGAUGUCGAAUUGUCGAUAGUAGUCGAUAGUAAUAAGAGAUAGUAUAGGC